AUGCAAAUGGAAAACGUAAAACUCUGCACCUUACACGGAAAUCACAGACGCAACUAUAACGUCACUUCUGUGCUGAAAUACGUGUGCUACAAUUAUCAAACUUGCUGCGACCGCGGAAAUGGCUGUUGCCCAGCGCUAAUGUUCAAGUACUAUGAAUCGUGGACCUUUUGGAUAUUUGUUUUUGGCAUAAUAUUGCUUUGCUAUUUGUUGUGUUGGUACUGUAAAAAAUUAGAAAAAGAACGUCAAUCGGCACAAGAUAGGCAAGACAAUCAAAGAAACGUAGAUACCAACAGCGUGGAUAACUUACUGCAGACCUUGAUUUCGAUGUAUCGAAAUCGAUUGGUUGUACCGAAUCCAAAUGAAUCUGUACAAAAUGUGGAUGAAAAUAAGGCAUCAGCAGAUCCUCCGCCUAAGUAUGUGGAUGCCUUAACAAUGCCUAAACCACUAGAAAAUUCAGAUGCUGUAAAUAUUUCCUCAGACGGUGUAACUUCUGAUACCACUGUACCUUCUGUGGAUAUUCAAAGUUUUACAGUUAUUGAGAUUGAUGGAGAAGAUGAGUCUGUACCUAGCUAUGAAGAAGCAGUCAAGGAAAUUCCAUAA